AUGUCUGCCGACAAGGACAACACCUCCACUCUCCAGGCUGCUAUUGACAGCGUCUCCGGCACCGUUCAGUCCGCUAUUGGCGCCGUUACGGGCAACACUGCCGACCAGACCAAGGGCGAUGCCAAGCAGGACAAGGCAUCAGCCGAGCACGAUGCUUCCAAGGCCGCCGUCAAGCUGCCCGGUGCCACCGUCUCCGCCUCGGGCGCCACGAGCGACCACCCCGACCGCAGCGCUGGCAGCUACAACCAAACCGUUGGCUCCGCGAAGGAGACCGUUGGCAACCUGAUCGGAUCUGAGAACCUGAAGACCCAGGGACGCAACCAGAACCUUGAGGGCCAGCAGCAGGAGGCCAAGGGACAGCUCUCGGACCUCGGCUCAGGAAUCGCGGACCGCGUCUCUGGAACAGUAGGUGGCGCCGUCGCCGGUAUCACCGGUAACACGGCUGCCCAGGCCGAGUACCAGAAGCAGCACGACACUGGCAAGACCCAGCAGCGCGGUGCCGAGCACGACAUCCAGAAGCAGGCCGAGGCCGAAUCCAAGUAG